UCACCUGCUUUAUUAACCAUUUGUUUGGCAAUUAGAUUCAGUCGGCGGCAUACAGCAAAACGAUUUCCCGACAGCGAAUCCCAGGUCAGCUACAAUGAAAGCUUUGAUAUUGACAGUAUUGUUAGCUGCAGCUACUGCUGUCCCAGUCCCUGAGCCUAAUAGCGAUCCAGUUGAGGUGAUCGUAAACGGUGUACCCAAGGGGCAUGGCUUGGACGUGGACAACAUCCUGAGGAUUGAUGUACAGAAGCAAAUUGAUGGUGAAAUUGUAGCUGUUGAUAAUCCUUUACAUCCUUUCUCGACCGCUGGAAUAAUCGAAGCUGCCAUUGCCGCUGAAGCUAACAAGCCUGUUGUGCCAGAUCCGGUUAUUGUUCAACCAGAAUCUGUUCCUCCUGAAAUCAUUCCCCAGCCUAUAGUCUUACCAGAAAUAGUAGGCCCCGCAAUUAUUCCCAAACCAGUUAUUUUACCUGAACCUAUUCAGCCUGAGGUUGUACCUGUAGUUCUACCCGAACCAGUUAAACCUGAGGUUGUACCAGAAUCUGUAGUUCUUCCCCAACCAGUUAAGCCUGUGGUUUUACCUGAACCCGUUGUUCUGCCUCCAUCUCCAGGCCCUGAAGUUGUGAGUCCAGUUGAUCCUGAUAUUAUUGUUUUGCCUGACGAAUUUACACCUACGGAAGUUCUUCCAGUUCCUUCUGGAGUGAUUUAUAACGACGGUAUAGUAGAUGUCACGGUGAAUGGUCCUAGUGAUUACAACAUCAUGGGUACGUUGCAGAACUGGUUCGACGUGAUAGUUAACUAUCUUACCAAUGGUACUCAGCAAGAAUCUAUCAAGCAAAUCAUGUAAAAAGUGAAAGAUUUAUACGUCUAUUAUGUCAAAUUUCUAUGUAAAAGUUUUGGUGACAACAAGACGUUUCAAAUGGAUAAAAUCGAACUUCAUGGCAACGAACACUUUGUCUUAUAACUUUUCAAAUUUGCAAUUUCCAUUAAUUUCCACAAAAAUCUUGUAACGUUUCAAUAUCGUAAAUAUAUUAAAAAGACUUGUUUGUUUAAAAA